AUGGAUGGCAAUCAUAGAGAACGCAUUGAGCAUCAUUAUCUAAAUUUAGUUUCUCGGUCGAGCCCAGGUUCGGAGGCAGGCGACGAAACAGAACAUCUUCCUACCGAGUUAUUAUUGGCCUUGUUUGGCGCUCUCAUCGGCGACGGCGAUUGUGACUUACAUUCUCUCAUCGUCCUCACUCACGUCUGCCGCCGCUGGCGGGACGUCGCAAUCUCAACAUCCCAACUUUGGUCCGAUCUGAUACUUCCAAGAGCUCCUGUGGACGAGGCUCUCCUCGACACCUUUUUUCUCACCGUCUAUGAUUGUCUCGCGUUGUCACGUUCCGCACCACUGUCUAUCUCGCUGGACCUUUUACAUGAAGACCGGCCAGACGUGGUCGCCCGUUAUCUUCAUCUUGUUUGCUCUCAUUCCCCCCGUUGGAAGAAUGUCUCUCUGCGGUGUCCACCUAUUCUCUCACAGAGACUGUAUCCCACUCUUUCACCAGAACCGCACCCUCAUCUGGAGUCCAUUCGAAUCAAGACAGAAACAUGGGAGGAGGAGCAGUUUGUCGACCACUGGGAUCUUACACGCGCAGAUCUGAGAGCUCUCGAAUACGCCCCGAAUCUCAGGCAACUUGCCAUCACGCAUUCGAACUUUGGCGAGCUAUCACUGCCAUGGGGCCAUCUCAGUUCUAUAGAUCUGAGGAUUCCCGAUACCAGCGAAUCUACCCAUGGACCGACUUUAGCCGACCCGUUCGACAUCGAUAAAUUUGUCCACACCUUACGCCGUUUCCCCAACAUAACCCUCCUCCGGCUUCAUUUCGAUGGCGAGUUUUCUCACUUAGAGUUUCCUGACCACUGGCCCCCACCGAACGCCUCCCACUUGAAGCUCGAGAGACUCACAUCACUCGAAAUCGUCACAUCAAAUUUGUUCAUCGAGUCAUAUCUUCUCGUCGUUCUCGACGCACCUGAACUGGCCUGUUUGACUCUCGACUCUCGCUAUGAUCUUGAAGAUUCGAUCGACAUGGGCAUCCUUCAAGGACGAUUGUCCGCCUUCCUGCGAUCUCGACGCCAUACGCUCCGCAAUCUGGAGCUCAGAUUUCUCUCCUUCAUCUCGGAAGCCGUUCUUGUGGAAGCUAUUCGCGCCUGCCGGGAACUUCGGUCUCUCACCGUAAUCGACGACUGGAAUGUUAUAGGUAGCCUGUUCCUGCAAUCCCUUACGCUACGCUCGAACGUGACUCGCCACAACGACUCCGAACACGGAACGUACGUCCUCGAACCCGAUUGCUCCAACCCCUUCCUCGAGAAGAUUGCGAUUUUCCGCGACCAUCUAGGCAUUGCCGACUCUGAUAUUGGGGAUAUAUACCCGAGAGAGUUCUACGUUGGCCUUGUGGAUAUGGUCAAGUCGCGUUGUUACUCUUCGGAAGAGUCCCACGUCGAAGACCACCCCGACAGUGUCGCUCACAAGUCCUUUGUUGCGACCCAUACAUCGAGGCUAGAUGUCUUGACGUUGUGCAUCGAUGACGCGGAUUGGAUGAAGGAGAAUCUGCCUGAGCAGUGGGCCAUCCUCGAGGGAUGCGGAGAGGACGGAUUGGCGUUGGUGACUAAAAACAUUGAUCUAGUGCUCUGA